CACGUUUUCAUGUCUGAGUAUCGUUCAAGAAUUAUUGUGAAUGGAACAAGAAGAACAAGAACGUUCCACUACUUCUAUUGCCGUCAUUGCAGCCGCACCAUUAGACUCCGAAACUAUGGUCUAUAUGGUCCUUUAUGUCCUUUCUGUUCUAGAGAGAUCAAUCUCCACGAUGAGCUUGACAUUAUGAGGCUAAAUGGACCUUAUUGGGAUACCGAUACCGAUUGGAUCACUCUCCAUCUUAUCAACUCUACUAGAAGCAACCGGUUCAAUCAUGAACUAGUUAAUACCGCUGAUGAAUUCGCUGAUGUCUUUCCUAACGAACGUGUCGGUCCACCACCGGCCUCUCCAUCGGCCAUCGAGGCUGUGAACACGGUGACAAUCUCGGAAGAAGAUUUGGCGAAAGAGAAGGUUUGUGCUAUAUGCAAGGAGGAGUUUGAAGUUGGAGAGGAAGGGAAAGAGUUGACAUGUUUGCAUUUGUACCAUCCAAGCUGCAUUGUGUCUUGGUUGAAUAUUCAUAAUACUUGUCCCAUUUGUCGCUUUGAGGUUAACUUAGGCGUUUCCCAAAGUCACGUUGAAGGUGGAGGGUCUCACCAGGUCGAUAAUGAUCGAUCAAAUCGCGUUCGAACUAGGGUUUGUUCUUUGUGGCCUCUCCGAAUGAUGUUUGAUUGGGUGCAUAAUCUCCUCGGUAAGAUUCCUCCUCCUGAUUUAACUUUCAUGGCUAUCGUAUUAUGCUUUAAUGUUUUUAAUUAUAAAGUUUAACUUGUAAUUGAAGAAAUAUUGCAGAUGUAAGAAUAACAAACACUUGAAAAAAAUCAAAGAUAUUGAGAACAAGAAUAUUGUAUGAAAAUAGUAAUUAUACAUAGACAAAAUUAGGUUAAUUAUGAGAGAAUGGAGUAAAAAUACACAUCAAGAAGAAAAAAAAAAGAGGCAACGGCGAUUAAAGGCGAAAAGAGGCGUUUAUGGAUUUUUCGUGAAACAAAACUCUUGAGUAUAUUUUAUGUAAUUCAUUAUCUUUAAUUCCUUUGGAAGUUGUACGUAACUUGUGUAAAUAAAAUUAAAAAUUGUGAGGUGAAAAAGAAUU